AUGGCGCGCAGGGCAAGUAAACGCGCGGUUGGCAGGCAGGCGCUCAAGGCAGGCAGGCAGGUGCUCAAGGCAGGCAGGCGCUCAAGGCAGGCAGGCGCUCUUGGCAGGCAGGCGCUCAAGGCAGGCAGGCGCUCUUGGCAGGCAGGCGCUCAAGGCAGGCAGGCGCUCAAGGCAGACAGGCGCUUUUUGCAGGCAGGCACUCUAGGCAGGCGCUCAAGACAGGCGCUCAAGGCAGGCGCUCAAGGCAGGCGUUCAAGGCAGGCUAAGACAGGCAGGCGCGCGGCUCACGGGCGUCACACGGGCAGGGCACAAGACGCCGGCACCGAGCCUCACGGAAGCGUCAGAAAGAAUCAAUGCGCGCGGCGACUCGUUGGACGAGAAGAUUCGCAAGCUAGAGGCGGAGUUGGUGCGGUACCGCGACCAGAUCAAGCGCACGCGGCCCGGGCCGGCGCAGGAGGCGCUCAAGGCGCGAGCCAUGCGCGUGCUGAAGCAGAAGAAGAUGUUGGAGGGGCAGAGGGACAACCUGUACAACCAGAGCUUCAACGUGGAGCAAGUGGCGUUCGCACAGGAGGGCAUCAAGGACGCGCAGGCCACUGUCAGUACCACCACGUGCUUGCCUCCGCCAUGCCUGCCCCCGCCAUGCCUGCCCCCGCCAUGCCUGCCCCCGCCAUGCCUGCCCCCGCCAUGCCUGCCCCCGCCAUGCCUGCCCCCGCCAUGCCUGCCCCCGCCAUGCCUGCCCCCGCCAUGCCUGCCCCCGCCAUGCGUGCCCCCGCCAUGCGUGCCCCCGCCAUGCGUGCCCCCGCCAUGCGUGCCCCCGCCAUGCCUGCCCCCGCCAUGCGUGCCCCCGCCAUGCCUGCCCCCGCCAUGCCUGCCCCCGCCAUGCCUGCCCCCGCCACGCCUGCCCCCGCCACGCCUGCCCCCGCCAUGCCUGCCCCCGCCAUGCCUGCCCCCGCCAUGCCUGCCCCCGCCAUGCCUGCCCCCGCCAUGCCUGCCCCCGCCAUGCCUGCCCCCGCCAUGCCUGCCCCCGCCAUGCCUGCCCCCGCCAUGCCUGCCCCCGCCAUGCGUGCCCCCGCCAUGCGUGCCCCCGCCAUGCGUGCCCCCGCCAUGCGUGCCCCCGCCAUGCGUGCCCCCGCCAUGCGUGCCCCCGCCAUGCCUGCCCCCGCCAUGCGUGCCCCCGCCAUGCGUGCCCCCGCCAUGCCUGCCCCCGCCAUGCCUGCCCCCGCCAUGCCUGCCCCCGCCAUGCCUGCCCCCGCCAUGCCUGCCCCCGCCAUGCCUGCCCCCGCCAUGCGUGCCCCCGCCAUGCCUGCCCCCGCCAUGCCUGCCCCCGCCAUGCCUGCCCCCGCCAUGCGUGCCCCCGCCAUGCCUGCCCCCGCCAUGCGUGCCCCCGCCAUGCGUGCCCCCGCCAUGCGUGCCCCCGCCAUGCCUGCCUCCGCCAUGCCUGCCCCCGCCAUGCCUGCCCCCGCCAUGCCUGCCCCCGCCAUGCCUGCCCCCGCCAUGCCUGCCCCCGCCAUGCCUGCAAAGAGCCCAUUCAUGCCACACGGACCUCAAGACUUGCUGUGGCGUAGAGGAUGGCAGCAAUAUUUAACUCCUAAUUUCACGUGCAAGCUCACCCUCAUCCAUGCUUCCCUUUCCUCUGUGGCGGCCAUGAAGGCGGCCAACAAGGAGCUCAAGACGCAGAUGAAGUCCGUCAAGAUUGAGGACAUCGAUAGCAUGCAGGACGACAUGUUCGACCUGAUGGACUACAGCAACGAGAUCCAGCAGGCGCUCGGCCAGUCGUACGGCGUGCCCGAUGACAUUGACGAGGACGAGCUACUCGGCGAGCUAGAUGCAUUGGAGGCGGACAUGGGAGUGGAGACAGCGGACGCCACGCCCUCGUACCUCCUGCCGGACACGGAGCCCAACACGCUCGAGGCCGAGCCCGACCUCUUCCUGCCAUCCGCUCCCACUGCCAACGCCGCCUCUGCUGUGCCGGUGGCGGAGCCUGCUCGCCCUCUGCGCACGCUUUCCUCUCCGCCCUGCUCCUUGCGCCUUCCCUCCCUUCCGCGCCUCGCUCCGCUCCUCCUGCUCCUGCUACUCGCCGCCCCGCAUCUCCCGCCGUCUCUCGCGCAGAGCCAGUCGCCGCUAUCCGGCCAGGGGCUCGCGCCUUACCCGACGCUGCUGACGCCACCGGGUCGCAAUGGGCAGGGGGAGCGCCGCGCGCUGCAGAUGGAGGGCGGGGGGACGUGCGCGAGCGCGGGGGGAGGGGAGCCCGCGGUGCGCGCGGCGUACACUCCGGUGUUCGUGUCGGUGGUGCUGAACAAGCUGCUUGAUGUGGACGACGAGCGGUACCAGUUCGAGGCGAUCGUGCACCUGCGCAUGUCGUGGCACGACCCGCGCGCGCCACUCGAGAUCCGCCGGCGCACUGCAGAGACCUUCCUGGCGGGGAAUCCGUCCGCGUGCGCGCGCGUGUGCGCCAAGGGGCGGUCCCUGUGCUGCGACUCGUUGUGGCUGCCGGGCGUGAUGGGCGGGAACCUGCUGUCGCUAGAAGACGAGCGCACGGAGUGGGAGGCGAUCGCGCUGCAGCCCGGCAACCACAGCAACGUGCGCUGGGGGCGCCGCCUGCGCGCCACCUUCCACGCCGCGCUGCGCUUCCACCGCUACCCCUUCGACACGCAGCAGCUGGUGGUGGAGCUGUGGGCGGAGAGCUGCUGCUACUCCUUCGUGCCCAGCGCCGCCGCCAUCCGUCGCCCGCGCUCCCUGCUGCCAUCCGCCCAUGCCCCAUCGCAUCUUCACGACAGCGCCUCCCCCUCAGUCACCUCUGGCAGCAGCAGAGGCAGCAUGGGGCGGCGGGGCGAGCAGAGCGGGGCGGACGGGGCGAGCAGGAGUCGCGUGCGGCGGGGGCGGGUCAGGAGGGACGACGGCAGCGGCCCGGACGACCUGUCGGGGUGGCAGGUGGAGAGCGUGUACGUGCAGGCGCAGGCGACGCACGUAGGGCGCAUGAUGCAGUGGGUGGAGGAGCCCCAUGCGGACGAGGUGUUCUGUGUGCGUUCCGAAGAGCUGGCUGGGGCCACUCUGGGCGGGGGGGGCACUCCGUGCGGCACCAUGCUGUGGGAAGGCGAGGAGGGCGGGGAGGAGGUGGGGGGGAAGGAGGAGGAGGGGGAAGAGGCGGGGGAGUGUGGGAGCGGGAGGGUGGAGAGCAGCGAGUGGAGGGCGUGGCAGGAGCGGGAGCAGCAGCUGGCAGCAGCAUCGCUCAACUCGACUCUGCUGAUCGUGAUUCGCGUGCAGCGCAUCUGGCACUACUACCUCUUCCUCUUCCUCCUCCCCACCUUCCUGGCCGUGGCCCUCUCCUGGACCUCCUUCUGCAUGUCCCCGGAGCACCUCGAGCUGCGAGUGGGCACGGGUGUCACGCUCUUCCUCGCACUUACAUCGCACCAGUUUGUGAUCUUUGACACGCUGCCGCACUCCAGCUACGUGACCAUCAUGGGCUGGUUCAUCAUCUGGUCGUACGCGCUCAUAGUCUUCGCGGUGCUGCAGUCGCUGCUAGUGAACUAUGUGUACUGCAUUGGGGAGACGGCGGCGCGCGAGCACAACGAGUCGGUGGCGGCGCGGGCUACAAGGCGCCUCCUCAUGGGGUCUGCGGGCGCUGUGGGGAGGGCGGCGUCAGGGAGCAGGGAUGUGCAUGCCAGUGGGAGCGGGAGCGCGGGUGGGAAGGGGGGUGCGAGUGGGAUUGGGAGUGGGAGUGGGAGUGGCAGUGGGAGUGGGAGCGGGAGUGGGGUUGGGAGUGGGAGUGGGAAUGCGGGGAGGAGUCACAACGUUGUGCGGCUGUCCUCUGCAGGACGCUGGCCUAGCCUGUCCCCGCAGGCCCUCUCCUUGCUCUGGCGCCCCUCUGCCUCUAUUGUUGCUGCUGCUGCUGAGCCGCUGCUCGCACAGGAGGGACCGGUAGGGGGUGGGGAGGGUGGGGGGAGGCGCGGGGAAAGCAGCAAGGAUGCUGCUGGGUCGGGGGGGAGGAAAGGUGGCGAGGAAGGGAAGGAGGCAGGAAGGGAGGGGUUGAAAGACGGGAAGAGAGAGGGUGAGGGUUUGGGAGGGGUUGAGCGAGUGACAGAGAGGAGUGUACUGGGAGAUGCAGGUAAGAGUGAGAGCAAGCCCCCACAGCACACCGCCAGUGGUGGAGUGCGGUCAGGUGAUCUUGUGAGCAGUGACAAGCCAUGUGCACCGGUGAUCCGGCCGUGCGGGGGUCUGAGGGAUCAGGAGAGUGAGGGGGAAGCUGUGUCACAGCAGCCCACGGAGCAGGAAAACGAGUCGGAGAUGGGAGCAGAGAAGGUGAAUCGACGGGGUGUGCUUUCUGAGAGUGAAUCGUUUGCGGGGCUGUCUCACCUGUCGAAGCGCAUUCAAGAGACGGUGGCGCAGGCGGGGCAUCUCAAGGGCAUGGUGGAGCAGGACCCAAACCGUGCCAAGAUAUUCAUCUCUCGCCUCGAUGGCCUCUGCCUUGUCGCCAUGCCCCUGCUCUAUGUGGGUGGGCUGCUUUGGAUCUACAUGGUUGUGGAAUGA